UUCAACCUCUCUCUCUCUCUGCUCUGCUCUCUCUCUCUCUCUCUCUUCUCUGUACAGAAGCACAGUACAUGCACCUGGACACAUUUCCUCCGGAUUUUCAAUCAUGGAGGACAAGGAAACCGAACUCAUCUCCAAAGUCAUCGCAAAUCACUUAUUCCUUGGCCAAUUCGAACCAUUUCGGGCAAUGCUCCGUACUCUCCGGAGCCGGAGCCCGGACCUCGCCCGUACAAUUUUGCAAACGAUAAUUUCUCAGGGCGGGCGUAUGGGUAUGCCCGGCCCGGUUCUGUGGUCCGAUUCAUGCCCUUCUCCGGCCAUCCUGACCUUCCUUUGCACCCUUGAACUCCUCGAGUUCCCGGACGCCACUUCGAAUCUCUGGUCGUUCGAUCCGGAUACGUUGAAAUUGCGCUCCGAGUUUCUAUUGUAUGUACAUAUUGUCAGUUCUAGAGUUUUAGAAAUAGCUAGAGAUGUUGUAAAUAUGGAGGGGGACGAUAAUUUUGACGAAGGGAGUGUGAGGAAUGAAGAACUGAGGGUUUUGGAAAGACUUUCGGAGGUGGGAACGGGCCGUUUGAAGCCGGAUUUAAUCGAUUCGGAAGAAACGGAGCGGGAUUCGAGGGGAUUGAGCGAAGGGGAAUUAAUGACACUCAGGGGGGUUAUUUUGGAGAACUCUGAGAUUUUUGACGUGCUGUGCGCGAAUAUCGAAGAGCAAUUGGGGAACAUGGAGAAUGAGGAUUCGGGGGGUUUGGCAAUUACGGUGAGAAAGGAGGUGAAGCGCCGAGAGGAGAAAGUGGAGGAGGUGCUGAGGUUGCUGCAGAAGUGUGUUCAGUUGACACAUUUGGACGCCAUGAGGCAGUGCUUGGAGAACGGUGACGAGGAUGGUGGAGUUUCACAUGUUAGGUUUCUCCAUUUGAACUGCGGAGUUGAAGAAAAGGAGUAUCGCAUGGUAGUGCAAGAUCUCCUAAAGAGGUUGUUGUCAGGAGUACAUGAUUAUGGAGACGCCUCACAUGCCACACGCAAUAAAGUAUUCUUAGUGUAUAAGGAAGCACUUUCAUCUCAUUGCACUCGUCUUGUUCAGAUGCUUCAGCUUAUUCAAGAUGACUUACUAUCGGAAGAGAUCGAGGUAUACAGUGCUUCUGAAGGCGACAAGAUUCCUCUGCCCCUUCAGCGCCUUAAAGAUUCGAUUGUACAUCUGAAACCUGAGGCAAUCUCAACUGACACAUCUUUGCCCUCGAAAAUUGCGACGUCUUUUUGCAUGAGAGACAUUUAUCAUUAUGCUCGUGUUCAAGGCUUGCAUACACUAGAGUGUAUUGUGGACACUGCAUUAUCGCUUGUGCAGAAAGAGCAAAUUCAAGAAGCUUGCCAGGUUCUUAUGCUGUUUCCGCGGCUUCAACCCCUGAUUGCUGCCUUGGGUUGGGAUCUUUUGGCUGGAAAAACAACAAUGAGAAGGAAACUGAUGCAGUCUUUGUGGACAACCAAAUCUCAAGCCCUUCGAUUAGAAGAGUCUUCUCCUUAUGAUAAUAAACUAGAUGAGGCAUCCUGUGUAGAACAUCUUUGUGAUACAUUAUGCUACCACCUUGAUGUUGCUUCCUUUGUUGCGUGUAACAAUUCUGGUCAAUCUUGGAGUUCGAAAUCCUCCGUCCUGUUGUAUGGAAAAGACUUGGCUGACCAGGGGAAUGAAGAUGCUACAUAUGAUCCAUUUGUCGAAAACUUUGUACUGGAAAGAUUAUCAGUCCAGAGUCCACUUCGGGUAAUAUUUGAUUUGGUACCCCACGUAAAAUUUCAAGACGCGAUUGAAUUGCUUAGCAUGCAGCCUAUUACUUCCACAUCAGCAGCUUGGAAGAGGAUGCAAGAUUUUGAACUUAUGCACAUGCGAUAUGCUCUUGAAUCUUCUGUUCUUAUGCUUGGAGCUAUGGAAAAGAGUACCACUGAUGGAACAGGAGAUCAGCAAGUAGCUUUAACUUAUUUGAAGGAACUGAAGAGUCACUUGGACGCAAUUACCAACACUUCCCGCAAGAUAUAUAUGGUGAACAUUGUUAUCUCACUUUUAUAUAUGGACAAUCUACAAAGUGAUUUGGCACCUUCUGAUCCACUAAGAAGACCUUCAAAGUCACUUAAUGCUCAUGGUGGGGGAGAAGCUGAUGUCAUAACGCAUGAAGGGGGAAAUGAAAUGGUUGUCUCCUUUACAGGGCAAUUACUUGAUAUUUUGCGGCAGCAACUACCCUUAUCAAUAUCCGAUCUGGAUAAUUCUUUGGAUGAUCAUAUAUCUGCUGCAAGUAAACAAGCUGUAGAAUGGAGAAUCUUGAAGGCAAAACGUUUCAUUGAAGAUUGGGAAUGGCGCCUGUCAAUUUUGCAAAGCCUCCUGCCAUUAUCUGAACGCCAAUGGAGGUGGAAGGAGGCUCUGACAGUGCUACGUGCUGCCCCGUCUAAGCUACUUAAUCUUUGCAUGCAAAGGGCAAAAUUUGACAUUGGAGAGGAAGCUAUUUCUCGCUUUGCCUUACCUCCAGAAGACAAGGCGACACUGGAACUGACUGAAUGGGUGGAUGGUGCCUUCAGAGAAGCUUCAGUGGAGGAUGUGGUGUCACGUGCUACUGAUGGUACUUCUGUUCAAGAAUUGGAUUUCUUGUCAUUGCGCUCUCAGCUGGGUCCUUUGGCAGCUAUUCUUUUAUGUAUUGAUGUAGCAGCAGCAUCUUCGAAGUUACCGAAUGUGUCUUUGAAGAUUCUGAAUCAAGCACAAAUUCUGCUUUCUGAGAUCUAUCCUGGCACUGCACCAAAGAUUGGAUCAACUUAUUGGGAUCAAAUUCGUGAAGUGGCAAUAAUAUCUGUUGUUAAGCGCGUCCUAAAACGUCUAUGUGAGUUAUUGGAACAGGACAAACCACCUGCUCUCCAGUCUCUUCUAUCAGGCGAAAUGAUCCUCUCAUUGUCAAAAGAUUUCCGCAGACAAGGAAACAGAGACCGAGCUCUUGUUAUGCUUCAUCAAAUGAUUGAAGAUGCUCAUAAGGGCAAGCGACAGUUCCUCAGCGGUAAGCUUCAUAAUUUAGCGAGAGCAAUAGCUGAUGAAGAAACGGAAAGGGAUAAUGCUAGUGGGGCUAGUUCGGAGGGCUCACAUUCUGAUGAAAGAGGACAGCAGUCAAGCCUUGACAAGAAUGGGGUUCUAGGGCUUGGUUUGAGAACCGUAAAGCAGUCACCUGUGACUCUAGAGGCUAGUGAAAGUAAUAUAAAUUCUGCAAAUUACGAUGUCAAAGAUUCAGAAAAAAGACUAUUUGGCCCUUUCGGUGCCAAGAUUACAACAUUCCUUUCUCAAUUUAUUCUCCACAUUGCUGCAAUUGGUGAUAUUGUUGACGGGACGGAUACAACUCAUGACUUCAACUACUUCUCACUAGUGUAUGAGUGGCCCAAAGACCUUUUAACUCGUCUGGUAUUCGAGCGAGACAGUACCGAGGCAGCUGGAAAGGUAGCAGAAAUAAUGAAUUCAGACUUUGUCCAUGAAGUAAUUUCUGCAUGUGUACCUCCUGUUUUCCCUCCGAGAUCUGGUCAGGGUUGGGCUUGCAUUCCAGUGAUUCCCACUCUCGCUAAGAGUUCUCCUGAAAACAAGGUUCUCUCACCUUCUUCUCGAGAAGCUAAACCGAAGUUUUACGCUCGUUCUUCUGCCACUCCUGGAGUUCCACUGUACCCUCUCAAGUUGGAUGUAGUGAAGCAUCUUAUCAAGCUAUCUGCUGUCAGGGCUGUCCUGGCAUGUGUAUUUGGAAGUACUAUGUUAUAUCGUGGCAGUGAUCCUGCUAUCUCUAGUUCCUUGAAUGAUGGCUUACUGCAUAAUCCUGAUGUUGAUAGAUUUUUCUACGAAUUUGCUCUUGACCAAUCAGAGAGGUUUCCAACCUUGAAUCGCUGGAUACAAUUGCAAACUAACCUCCAUCGAGUUUCUGAGUUUGCUGUCAUGACUGACCAUGGAAAAGAUGAUGUGAAAGAUAAUUCAAAACCCAAAACUGCUAUGAAACGAUUUCGUGAAACUGAUAGUGACACCGAAUCAGAAAAUGAUGAUAUGGCUGCUGGCAAUAACGUUACCUUGCCUGUGCUUGAGGUUAAGGAUCAAAGCAACGUGUCUUCUGAUGCAUGGCAUGAAUCUCCAAAGACUGAAUCUGGUGGACAUGAUAAUACAGUUUUCCUUUCUUUUGAUUUGGAGAAUGAAGGACCCUAUGAGAAAGCUGUAGAGAGAUUGAUUGAUGAAGGAAACUUGUCGGAUGCUCUUGCUCUGUCAGACCGCUUCUUGAGGAAUGGGGCCUCAGACCGUUUGCUCCAGAUGCUCAUGCUAAGAGAAGAGGACGAUACAAUUUCAGGACAACCUCAAGGUAGUUCAGGCUUUCGUAUCUGGAGCUAUAGUUGGCAGUAUUGUCUACGCCUUAAGGAUAAAAAUCUGGCAGCUAGACUAGCUCUGAGAUUUUUGCACAGAUGGGAGCUGGACGCAGGUUUAGAUGUCCUCACUAUGUGUAGCUGCCAUCUACCUGAUGGUGAUCCCCUUAAAAUUGAGGUCGUUCAAAGGAGACAAGCACUCUAUAGAUAUAAACACAUUUUGGGUGCGGAUGAUCGUUACCAUAGCUGGCAGGAGGUUGAGACAGAUUGUAGAGAAGACCCUGAGGGUCUGGCUCUUAGAUUGGCUGAGAGAGGAGCCGUAUCUGCUGCAUUAGAAGUUACAGAAAGUGCGGGUCUUUCUAUUGAACUUCGUAGAGAACUUCAAGGGCGUCAACUUGUUAAGCUUCUCAAUGCAGACCCUGUAAAUGGUGGAGGCCCUGCAGAAGCUUCACGAUUUCUUUCUACUCUCCGAGACUCUGACGAUGCUUUGCCUGUUGCAAUGAGCGCAAUGCAGCUCUUGCCCAAUCUUGGAUCUAAGCAGCUUCUUGUGCACUUCUUCCUAAAGAGAAGACAUGGAAAUCUGUCUGAGGUUGAGGUGUCUCGGCUGAACGCGUGGGCUUUAGGUCUUCGUGUAUUAGCUUCCUUGCCAUUGCCAUGGCAGCAAAGAUGUUCAUCCCUACACGAGCACCCUCAUUUGAUUAUAGAAGUUCUGCUGAUGAGGAAGCAACUGCAGUCUGCUUCUCUGAUUCUUAAAGAGUUCCCUCUAUUGAGAGACAACGGCAUGAUUCUUGCAUAUGCUGCCAAAGCUAUUGCUAUUAGCAUGAGUUCCCCUCCCCGGGAUUCCAGAGUUCCAGUUUCUGGUCCGAGACCAAAGCAGAGAAUAAAGGCUAGCACACCAACACGCUCAACAUUUAGUAGCAGCUUAAGUCAUUUGCAAAAAGAGGCCCGCAGAGCAUUUUCCUGGACUCCUCGGAAUGCAGGGGAUAAGAGUGCUCCAAAGGAUAGCCAGAGGAAGAGGAAGAGCUCUGGAUUAAUGCAAUCUGAAAAGGUUUCUUGGGAGGCAAUGGCUGGUAUUCAGGAAGACCGUGCUUCAGUCUUCGCUUCAGAUGGGCAAGAAAGGCUUCCUGCUGUUUCUAUUGCUGCAGAGUGGAUGCUCACAGGUGAUCUCAAAAAGGACGACGCUGUUCGUUCUUCUCAUCGAUAUGAAAGUGCCCCCGACAUUACUCUAUUCAAGGCGUUGCUUUCAUUAUGUUCAGAUGAAAGUGCAGCUGGCAAAGGUGCUUUGGAUUUGUGUGUUAAUCAGAUGAAAUGUGUUUUGAGCUUCCAGCAAUUACCCGAAAGUGCAUCUAUGGAAACUAUUGGCCGAGCAUAUCAUGCAACAGAAACCUUCGUGCAGGGUCUGAUUUUUGCUAAAUCCCAGCUCAGAAAACUUUCUGGGGCCAGCGAUUUGUCUAGUAAUUCUGAAAAGGGUCGUGAUGCCGAUGAUGCAUCUUCUGAUGCUGGUAGCUCCAGUGUGGGUAGUCAAUCAACUGAUGAACUAUCUGAAGCAUUAUCACAGGUUGAUAUAUGGCUAGGCCGUGCUGAAUUGCUGCAAAGUCUUUUGGGAUCAGGCAUAGCUGCCUCCCUUGAUGAUAUUGCUGAUAAAGAAUCAUCUGAACGUCUUAGGGAUCGGUUGGUCCAAGAGGAACGAUAUAGUAUGGCUGUAUAUACUUGCAAGAAGUGUAAGAUCGAGGUUUUCCCUGUCUGGAAUUCAUGGGGUCAUGCUCUGAUUCGGAUGGAGCACUAUGCACAAGCUCGCGUGAAAUUCAAGCAAGCUCUUCAGUUACACAAGGGUGAUUCUGCUCCUGUGAUUCUAGAGAUCAUCAAUACUAUUGAAGGAGGUCCACCGGUCGAUGUUGCGUCCGUUCGGUCCAUGUACGAACAUUUGGCAAAAAGUGCACCAGCAGUCUUGGACGAUCCUCUUUCUGCUGAUUCCUAUCUCAAUGUUUUGUACAUGCCUUCUACAUUCCCACGCUCAGAGAGAUCUAGGAGGUUCCAAGAAGCUGCUAAGGACAAUUCUGUACAUGUAUUAGAUCUUGAAGAUGGACCGCGCAGCAACCUUGAUAGUAUUAGAUACCUUGAAUGUGUAAACUAUUUACAAGACUAUGCUCGACAGCAUUUGCUCAGCUUUAUGUUUAGGCAUGGUCGAUAUAAAGAGGCCUGCUUCUUGUUUUUCCCUGUCAAUUCUGUUCCUCAUCCAUCUCAGCCAUCUUCUCUGGGAGUAGUUGCUUCAUCUUCUUCCCCUCAAAGAGUUGAUUCUUUGGCAACGGAUUAUGGAACAGUUGAUGAUUUAUGUGAUCUAUGUGUUGGUUAUGGUGCUAUUCCUGUCCUGGAGGAAGUACUAUCAUCAAGGAUAUCAAUGACACAAGACCAGUUGGUGAAUCAGCAUACUACUGCAGCAGUUGCCCGCAUUUGUCUCUAUUGUGAAACUCAUAAGCAUUUCAAUUAUUUAUACAAGUUCCAGGUGCUCAAGAAGGAUCAUGUAGCUGCUGGCCUUUGUUGUAUUCAGUUAUUUAUGAACUCUGCUUCUCAAGAAGAAGCGAUAAAGCACUUGGAAAAUGCCAAGAUGCAUUUUGAUGAAGGGUUGUCGGCAAGAUACAAACUAGGGGAUUCUACAAAGCUUGUCACCAAAGGGAUUCGAGGAAAAACUGCUUCCGAGAAGCUUAGUGAAGAAGGAUUGGUCAAAUUUUCAGCCCGUGUCGCCAUUGAGAUGAAUGUUGUUAGGAGUUUCAAUGACGCAGAGGGACCGCAAUGGAAACACUCUCUUUUUGGCAAUCCAAAUGAUCCUGAAACAUUCAGGAGAAGAUGUGAAAUUGCAGAAACUCUUGCUGAGAAAAACUUUGACUUGGCUUUCCAAAUAAUAUAUGAAUUCAACCUUCCAGCUGUUGACAUAUAUGCUGGAGUUGCUGCAUCACUUGCUGAAAGAAAGAAGGGGGGUCAAUUAACUGAGUUUUUCAGAAACAUUAAGGGUACCAUAGAAGAUGAUGAUUGGGAUCAGGUCUUGGGAGCAGCAAUUAACGUCUAUGCCAACAAACACAAGGAACGCCCCGAUCGCCUCAUUGACAUGUUAAUUAGCAGCCACAGGAAAGUACUGGCUUGUGUUGUCUGCGGUCGUCUAAAAAGCGCUUUCCAAAUAGCAUCUAGGAGCGGAAGUGUAGCUGAUGUUCAGUAUGUUGCUCAUCAGGCUUUACAUGCCAAUGCACUUCCAGUUCUUGAUAUGUGCAAACAGUGGUUGGCUCAAUACAUGUAGCUUAUCGCUCAAGGAACUUACUAGUUGGUUUAAGGUGUGUGAUUAUAGCCUAUGUUUUGCAAUUUACCACACUGCUGAUCUGGCAACCAUGGGAACCAUUACUUAAAAAUAUUUUUUUGUGCGACGUAGUUUUCUUGGAUGCUAACGCAAUAUCUUGAGUUACGUGAUUCAAACCUCUUGGGUCAACUGGUUUUGGAUCCAUUGGGCUUAGAUUUUGAACAUUUUGACUCCUAGCCUUUUGUGGUUGUAGCAUUUCUACAGAUUUUCCGCCGGAAUAUUUGUGUGAUCACCCGAUUGGAAUAGUUCCACAGAAGGAAGAGCAUUUUUAAAAACUUUUCCAUCGGAAAGAUAUUUACCGGCCUCAAAAGUUUUCCACACAUCUGACAUCUGUAUCAUAUCAAGAUUGAAUCUAUGUAGUGAAUUGACACACACCAUGAGUAAAUUUUUUAAAAGUUGGUUUGAUCUAAUAAGCGUUAAGACUGACUGCUUUUCUGGGUAAAUAAUUUUUUAAAACA